AUGUCUUCCAAUGUGUCCAACACCAGCACUGUGGAAUUAUACGGACCUGUUAUAGCAGUGGGUGUUUUCGCUGUCGUGAAAUUGGCGCUAAACGGAUGCCUGCUAUUUUUCUUCCUAAAAAGCCGCAGCCUGCGCACGCCCUUCACCGUGUAUCUGAUCAACCUGCUCCUGUCGAACAUCCUCGUAACCCUGGCGGACCCGUUCUUCAUGAUGGAAUCCUGGCAGGUGCGCUGGUUCUUCACCUCGAUCCUGUUCAAUAUGAAGAUAUACUUUGACCAUGUUGGAAGCGCCCUGGACCUUCAUGCGCAUCUCCUAAUCACGUUAAACCGGAUGUGGGCGUUGACCUUCCCACUGAACUACCGCAACUACCAUUCCACGCAGAUCGCGGUGGUUAUCUGCCUGACGAUGGGGACCUACUGUCACGUAUUACUAUCGCCGUUGUUAUUACAGGAUCUUCUGUAUUAUCGGCCCAAUAUGCAGACCGCCACCGAGUGCGAGGUAGUCAGCAGCGCCCAGCCGGUUCUGCGCCGCUUCUUAAAGAUUUGGAUCAAUAAUGUUCCGGUUCUGAUCAUUUUAGCGGCAUAUCCGUAUUUAUUAUGCAGAACCAUGGAUGUUGGGAAAACAUUCCAUUGUCAAGCUGCCAUCAUUGGGAAGAGUAGUUUACAGAGACCGGCGAAAGAAAACCGGCAUGCGUUUUUGAUCCUUACGGCGACUACAUUCAUAACACUGAUAUGUUGGACCCCAACCAAGAUUAUCGGGAUUCUUAAGGUGUUCGGAGAUACUGCGAUACCGGACGUGUUACAGAUAGUCUUUGGUGAUGUGAUAUACUCCUUGCAGCAAGUUUUGGAUCCCAUAUUGCUUACGUUAUCGUUUAAAAGCCUUCGUAAGGCAUUUAAAUCCAAAGUAGGAUUAAUAUGCCGUCGUGGAUAA